AUGGCCUUUUACCAAGAAACUCGCUUCCCCAACGUGUACAUUCUCAAGCCGCCGCCGCACGCCUCUGGCGAGAAGUCACCAACGCCGCUGGCCAUUGGUUCUGUCGAUCACCUUGCUUUUCCACGAGCUCCUGGUGUCGCCGCUACAAUUCAUCCAACAAGCUCGCUUCGUGAUCUCAAGGUUGUAGAAGAUUAUACCGCUCCCUUGUUCAAUCAUCGGUAUCUGCUGGUCCGUGGCCAGCUAGCAGACAGAGUGGUCUUUUUGCACAACAUUUACGCGCCAGCCGAAGCGUCAGAGCGGCAGGCGUUCUUUGACGCAUUGCCGCGCGACUUUGACGCCGAUGAUCUUCAUCUCGUUGGCGGCGACUUCAACAUUACGCUAGACGAUGACCUGGAUGCACUUGCACCCUCACCCGGCAAGCGUAGAGGCAGGCACGAGCUCGGCCGUUGGCUGACUGCAUUAUGA